UGUUGUGCGUCUGCUAUAUCCAGCGUUGCACCGAGUGUAUACCGUACAGAAGAUCAGAGUAGGCAAAAACUUGAACGAAAUAAUGGCAGGGAUACGAGACAAAUACGAGGACAUUCUGGACCCCCGACGGAAAGGAUCAUCCAUCCGGUUCGCAUUGCAGACAUUGCAAAAUCUACCAGAAUACAAGCAUAUGCGCCGACAGACCCCCACAGAAGUAAAAGAAGAGGUCCUAAAGUCUCAGAGAUUAAGGCGUGUUAUUGAACAGCUUGUAUCAGAGAAAGGUUUAGAGGAGGAUGCAAUCUACAAGGAAGCAGAUGCCAUCCUAGAGGAGAUGGGUCACAACCUCAACAUGACAACGCUGCGUUCCCUAGCAACCAUUUUUGCCAAAAUCUUUUGUAAACUCUUCAGGCACGUUUACGUCAACCAAAGUGGAAUUCAAAAGAUGAGAGCAAAGAUGAAGGAUACUCCGGUUGUGCUUCUGCCAACCCAUCGCAGCUAUCUGGAUUUUCUUCUGAUGUCUUACAUCCUCUUCCACUUUCAUCUUCCUCUUCCUUAUAUUGCUGCCGGAGCAGAUUUCAUGCAUAUGAACUUUGUCGGUGAGAUCUUGAGGAAGUGUGGUGCAUUCUACAUCCGACGAUCGUUCGGCUCGGACCGUCUCUACUGGGCGAUCUUCACCGAAUAUGUCCAGAUAAACCUCAGCAACAGCGAAGGUCCUCUGGAAUUCUUCAUCGAAGGAACCAGAAGCCGCACAGGAAAGUUCUUAUCGCCCAAACUAGGGCUGCUGUCUGUUGUUAUUGAACCAUUCCUAAAGGGUGCGGUUCCCGACGUCACCCUCGUGCCUAUUAGUAUGAGCUAUGAGAGAAUAGUAGAAGAGAAACUACAUGCCCAAGAGAUGUUAGGCAUACCUAAACCUAAAGAAUCAACUUCAGGUUUGGUGAAAGCGAGGAGUAUUUUUCAAGAGGAUUUUGGAAGCAUAGUUGUUCAUUUCUGCGAUCCCAUUUCUUUGAGAGAUCAGAUGAAGUCCAUUGAUCGAUCAAGGCAUAAUCUUAUUCCAAGGUUCAUGUUCUCCGUGACCCCAGAAGAGCAUGCGACAAUAGGCAGCGUUGCCCAGGCAGUACAGGAGGUGCAACGGGACCACAUCAUCAUGUCACCGUGGGUGCUGUGCGCAGCAUGCCUGCUUCAACAACCCGAUUCCUACAGCGUAAGGGAACUCACAAGCCAAGUGACGUGGCUCAAGGACAUGGUCAGGCAGUACAGGAUUCAAGUGGAUUGGCCAAUUGGUAGGGGGUCACAUGACAUCAUCAAUUCAGCAUUCAAGAUUCACCACAGCCUCAUCAAACAGCACAAAGAUGGCCGCGUCGCAUUGAGUCGCUCCCUCUACAGUCCAGAUGCCACUGUAGAUACAUCGACAAUAGAGGGCGUCCUGACGCAUGCAGCUGUUCACAUGGACCUAGCUAUGUAUCGCAAUUACCUGGCUGCAUCCGUCGCUACACAGGGGAUGUUAUCCCUUUCUUUCUGUGGCUUGGACAAAUGCUCUCAAGAUGAGCUUUAUGAGCAGUAUCAGUUCCUUUUCAAGUUGUUUACUGAAGAAUUUACAUCAAAUCCCAUUCAUUCUCAACAGAAAUUCGAGCGCACUCUUGCCAUAUUUGUUGCAUGUGGGACAUUGGAGAGUGACAGAGGAGAAGUGAGAAUAACAGCCAAAGGGGAGAGAGAGAUUUCUUUCUUUACCGAGAUGAUGUCACCUUUUCUGCUCGGAUACUGGCUGGUAUGUCAGUAUCUGAUGGUGCAUCCCUCAUCGUCUCCUCAAGGUGUUCCUAUCAAACAAAUAGCUAAAGAUAUCCAGUUGAAGAUAGCUACCAUCAUCUCACAAGGUAAAUUGCAUCACUAUGAGAUACUCUCUUUGAAUCUACUGACCAAUGCAUUGACUGCCCUUACCCAGAUAGGAAUCCUAGUCAGAGAAAAGAGUAACAACGGGCCUCUCAUCUCAUGGUCUGCAGAGCCAGUAUCUAGGAUUGCAGACAAGAUUAGUAAGUAUCAAGGAAAACAUUUUUUGUACAACCACCCCCAAUUUUUUUUCAGAUCUCAUUUCACUUAAUGAACUGUUCAAAUUCAUUGCAACCUUUCAUAUGAACUAGGCAACAUAGACUUAUGAUUUCAAAGAGGUUCCACAUGUAGCGGUUUAGACAUACAUACUUUGUAGAAUUGCCUGUUCACAGUUUGAAACAUUCACGUCGGUCAGUUCAAACCAUAAAUCAUAAGUUGAUUCUAUUUUCAAUGAACAACAUUUGAAUUUAUUAAUAUUGAUGAUAUUAUUUUAUUAUAUUAAUUCACCUGACAUGAUACUAUACAACAUUAAUACAUCAAAUAAUUUUUAUCACAGAAUACAUUUUUGUCUCGCCCACCAGAGGUGAAGGCGAGACUUAGGGAUCCAAAUGUCGUCCGUCCGUCCGUCACAAACCUAAUGACACAUAACUCCACAACCAUAAGUCGCUUUUCAACCAAACAUGGUUGGUAGAUGGACUUGGGGGACCUGCAUGUUAUGCUGCAGUCGGAGGUCACAUGGUAAGGUCAAAGGUCAUUUUCAGGUCAACGUUAAAGUUUACAUGCAAGACUCUCUUAUGACACCUAACUCCGCAACCGUAAGUCACUUUUCAACCAAACUUGGAUGGUAGAUGGACUUGGGGGACCUGCAUGUUAGGCUGCAGUCAGAGGUCACAUGGUAAGGUCAAAGGUCAUUUUCAGGUCAACGUUAAAGUUUACAUGCAAGACUCUCUUAUGACACCUAACUCCGCUACCAGUUCGUACCAUACCAAUGCGAGAGUCAACACAAAACUAUUCUUUUGUUGUAGGCUUUAUUUGUAUUUCAAUUUGGCUAAAACUAUUACAGGCGUAUGCUGUAUUUCAAUCUAAAUAUUAUGUACAUUGUAGACCUUUCCAAUAUAUCAUAUUCAUGAGUACACAUUUGUCCCAGGGGCGGAUAUAUAUAUAUAUAUGUAUAUAUAAACCCCUCAAAAAAAGUUUGGAAAUCUGAGUUUGGCCAUUAAUUUCUCCCUACACCCGUUUUUACACAAUGCAUAUUUGACAUCAUUUAAACGAUAAUCUAAUUCUCUUUGAAAUGAUACCAUGAUUGUUAUGAUCAUGCCAUCACGAAAAGAGCAGGAUUCAAAAGUAUUCGAUGAUGUCUGAAUUGAAUAGCUGCAAACGAGCAAAAAAAGUUUGGAAAUCUGAGUUUGGCCAUUAAUUUCUCCCAACUCCAAAUUUUACACAUUGCAUAUUCGAUAUCAUUUUAAAGAUCAUUUAAUUUUCUUUGAAAUGAUACCAUGCUUGUUAUAAUCAUGCCAUCACGAAAAGAAAAGGAUUCAAAAGUGAUGGAUGAGGUCUGAAUUGAAAAGCUGCAAAACGAGCAGAAAUAGUCAUGGAGGGUCAAUACAGAACAUGAUUCUUUUGUCUGUGUCAAUAGAGAUGAAAAUCCAUUCAAAUCAAGCCCCUGCUUCUUCAUUUCUUAUGUUUUGUUGUGGUUUAUAUAGUGAUGGUUUGUUUGUUUGUUAUGUGUUUGCUUGUGCAGAGGUGUGUUUGAUUCCAUGUUAAUGUUGAGGUGCAUGAAAACAAUUAAAAGAAACCGCUGAGAAACUCACUCAUCACCACGGAAAAAAGAACAGUGACUUUCAAUAUUGUGUCAUUUUGCAACUUUUGAAUUUCGACCUUGCCCCACAUUCCAAGGCACUGCAACUCCACGUGAACCAUAAUCAUAUCAUAUAGGUAUCAUUUUAAAGAGAAUUAAAUGAUCUAUUCAUUGAUAUGAAUAACACAUUGAUAUUUACUAAAACCGAGGAGGGAUUAUCGAUCAAUAUCAAAAGAAACCGCUGAGAAACUCACUCAUCACCACGAAAAAAAGAACAGUGACUCUUAAUAUUGUGUCAUUUUGCAACUUUUGAAUUUUGACCUUGCCCUACAUUUCAAGGCACUGCACCUCCACGUGAACCAUAAUCAUAUCAUAUAGGUAUCAUUUUAAAGAGAAUCAAAUGAUCUAUAAUUCAUUGAUAUUAAUAACACAUAGAUAUUUACUAAAACCGAGGAGGGAUUAUCGAUCAAAGUCAAAAGAAACCGCUGAGAAACUCACUCAUCACCACGGAAAAACGAACAGUGACUCUUAAUAUUGUGUCAUUUUGGAACUUUUGAAUUUUGACCUUGCCCUACAUUUCAAGGCACUGCACCUCCAUGUGAACCAUAAUUAUAUCAUGUAGGGUAUCAUUCUAAAGAGAAUUAAAUGAUUUAUUCAUUGACAUUAAUAUCACAUUGAUAUUUACUAAAACCGAGGAGGGAUUAUCAAUCAAAGUCAGAUUUCCAAACUUUUUUUGAGGAGUUUAUAUAUAUAUAUAUAUGUGUGUGUGUGUGGGGGGGGAUGAGUUUGUUUGUUUGUGUGAUCGAGCGCCUUUCGAACGUUGAUUCAUGAUUUUGCCCCCCCCCCCCCCCUUCUCCCAAUCUAAAAAAUGGAUCGACGCCCCUGGACUCUAGAUCUAGAAAUCUAUAUCCUAGCCCUAGGCCUAGGCUACUUAAAAAAAAACAUUUAAAAAGCCCAUGGAAGCCAUUUUUUUAUCACAAUUAACAUCUAAAACCUUUUUUUUUUUCUCUCUCUCUCUUUCGGUCUUUUGUAUUCUUUAUAAUUUCUCUAUCUCUCUCUUUAAUCUCUCUCUGAUUUUUCCCCACCGUCUCUCUCAUUUUUCCCACUCUCUGUCUUUCUCAUUCAUUUUACCCAAUGUCUGUCCGACUGUCUCUCUCUCAUUCAUUUUCCCCGUGUGGGUCUCUUUCGUUUUCCCCUCCCUCUCUCAUUUUCCCAUUGUCUGUCUCUCAUUUUUCUCACUGUCUGACUCAUUUUUCUCACCACUGUUUCUGUCUCGCUCAUUUUAUCACCCCCCCCCCCCUUCACUCUCACUUCUUUUCGACAUCCCGCUGUACUUAUAUAUGAUUGAGCAACCUUUAAUUUAAAAAGUACAAACAACCGCAGUCUAAUGUACGUUGUAAGGUACAUCAUGUGCAAUGUACUUACAUAUUUAUUUCUGACCCAAUACAUGUAAUGAUAACAUUUCUAUAUCACAUCGCAAUGAUUGCCUCUUGACUGCUUACUGAAUGCACCGUGUUCUAAUACAUUUUUCCAUUUUAUUGUUAGAUUUGGAUUUCACUCUGUAAUAAUUAUUGAAGUUCUUCCUCCAGUUCAACCCAAGAUGCUUAACUUAAUUGAACCUCCUAUUUAUAUUGAACUGCUAUGAAUCAGUUGUUUAAUAUAUUUUAUCAAUAAACUGCUUGGUUUUCAGUGCGAAUAAUAGGCAGUCUAGCUGUAUAUAC